AUGUCCCUUGGAAGCAGCACCGCCGCUUUACUCAGCACACCUGCUUGCCAGGACCUCGCCCAGAUUGCAAUGACCGCAGCGGCCUACCCGGUCGCUAUUGCCAACGGAAUAUCCCAGUGUCUGCAUGCGGUCGAUAUUGCUCCCAUCAUACCAGCGGCUAAGUGCACGGCUAUUGACUGGGAGGUCCAGAACUUCACCGCGGUCGCUCUUAGCUGUGGCCCAGCUCAGAUCCGCCCGGAUCGUUGCUGCGACCUUAUUGUCGGAUCAUUCGGCCAACAACAUGGGUUUUAUUUCCGCAACACGGGGCGUACCCUGGAGCAGGACCAAGUUCAGGUCUGCUGGUCGGAAUUCCAGAAGGCGCUCGUGGCGAACGGCGUUCCGCUUACUUCUUUGGAUACAUGCAGCCACAUAACGGCUGCGAACCAUCUCAUGAGCGUUGGCUGCUACAACUAUACCACCAGCUACCAACGAGUUCCGAGCCAAUACCUGGAUCAAAUUGCCACCUCCUGCAACGGCUCUACCCGCGACUGCGGCCAAUGCAGGCCGACAUUCAUAAGAGUCGCCAGGGAGCUUGCGAACACCAACGAUGCAACCUACGUCACCAACUGCAUACUCACUCUAGGACUGCAGUUCUCUUCCUUGAUGUCUGGCAUCGAAGAGAUUACUGCUUGGGAGAAUUGCUACUAUCGAUUCCCACCCCCGUUGGCAAUUCUACCUUUCAUCUCCCCAAGCGCCGACCACGUCGUGAAGUGGGCUCUAGUGGGUGUACUCACUGCUGUUGGAGUGGUUGUCCUUCUUUUCGUCCUAGCAAUUCUCGCUGUCAAGCGUUAUCCUCUCCGCAAGGCUCGGUUUAACCAUAAGCUGGCAACGCUCAGCCGCAUAUCGUCAAUCAGCCUAAAAGCCUUACAGAAGCGGCUGCAAAUAUACAGCAAGAGGCAACUAGAGAAGGCGACUAAGAACUUUGAUGAGAGCCAGCUUUUGGGCAGUGGGGCUUCCGGAAAAGUGUACGUUGGUGAGCUCGAUGGAGAGGUGGUUGCAAUCAAGGUAGCAAUCAUGAAUGUCGGGAAGAACGGAGUGAAGGAAGCUUGGAACGAAAUUGCGACGCUAGCACAAUACCGGCAUCGUCACUUGGUGUUUCUUAAGGGUUGCUGCAUCUCGGAACCCCACUGCAGCCUCGUCUACGAGUUCGUGGAGCAAGGCAGUCUGGAAGGCCAUUUGUACCCGCAGCAGCCGAGGAGCGGUCUGGAUCAAGCCCGCUUCCUGGACUGGCCAACUCGCGAGAAGAUUGCACUCGGAACUGCUCGCGGGCUGAUCUACCUUCACGAUGACUGCAAUCCACAGUGCAUACACCGUGACGUGAAACCGAGCAACAUCUUGCUCACGGGCGACUUCGAAGCGAAGCUUUCUGACUUUGGCCUCGCAAAGAUGGUGGAUACGGACGCCACACACAUCACGACUGCGGUCGCGGGUACAUCUGGCUAUCUAAGCCCGGAGUACGUGGCUACCGGAAAGCUGACGGAAAAGAGUGACGUGUACAGCUUUGGGGUAGUACUGCUGACGUUGGUGGCAGGGAGGCGGCCCACCGUUCAGGGCGCUCCCCCAGACGAGGCAAGCGUAUUCUUGACGGAGUGGGCAUGGUCGCUGGCCGAACGGAACGAGCUUGGAUUGCUGGCCGACCGACGAUUUUCAUCGCAAGAACAAGAGGAGCAUGCGGAAGGCAUGGAGCGGAUGACCCGGAUUGGCCUGCUGUGCGUCCACAUCACCAUCAGCAUCCGGCCCAGCAUGCAGCAGUGCGCGAACAUGCUCUUGCGGUUCACGGACGUGCCCCGGCUUCCACGGCGCCCCAUGACCCUCUACACCAUCUCGUCACUCGCAUCUUCCGCCGAGUCGAGCAGCGCCACGAUAAUCUCGUCGUGGCAAAGAAGCUCGGAUCGGACGCUCGGAUUGGUGGAAACAGGCUCCUCUGCCUGA